AUGUCCAGCGCCAACACUACAGCCCUCCGCACAACAGAUCCCGACCCCAGCGCGCCCAACGGCAUCCCCUUCAGCGCCUUCCGCCGGCGCGCGCUCCUCGGCAUCGGCGCGGCCAUCCUCUCCCUCCCGUACGUACUAUGGCAUCCUGUACCUCCUCUUCCGGCCCUUCAAGAGCCUCAAGGCGUACCUCUUCGCACGCGCGUUCAACACCAUCACCCGCGUCUUUGGGGCGUAUAG